ACGGUAUAGUUUUCAGUGAGGGAUGUCACUUUUUAGGUGGCCGAUUAGCCAAAUUAUAAUCCUACUUCAAAUCUCAACUCUGAGGAAUAUUGACAGAGGGAUUUUACCUGUCAGUAUUCUGCAACGUAUUUAUUCUUUAUUUUAUUGCACUUAGUUCGGUCUGUCUGCGUGGUAACUUUUCCUUAUUGCUGACAAAAUGCUUUGGUUCAUGGAGGGAAUAUGCUUUUUACCAAUUUCUUUGGUAAUCAUGUCAUCUAGCACGUUUAUUGUUUCCUACCUAAUUGCAUUGUUCGAGCAUGAUGUGGAUGUUAUCUUCCCGUAUAUAAGUGACACUGGGGCUGAACCCCCAGAGAGCUGUGUCUUUGGCUUGAUGACCGUCAUCACUGCAUUUGCAGGUAUGGCCACCAUGUAUGCCAGAUACAAGUUUGUGGAGAAGCUCAAUGAGAAGGCGGGUGGUGUGCCCCCAGCACUGAACCAGGCUGCUUUCUGGAUUGGAAUGCUUUCUUGUUUGGGGAUGUGUUUUGUCGCUACCUUCCAGGAGACAACGAUUACGGCAGUUCAUGAUGCAGGUGCAAUACUCUUCUUCGUUUCUGGUGUGUUGUACACCAUCCUCCAGUCCAUCAUAUCCUAUAAGGCCUUCCCCUAUGGAUGUUCCUUGGCCUUGUGUCGUGUGCGCACAGGAAUGGCAACCAUAGCCUUCCUGGCAGUUUUCCCCACUGUUGUCUGUGCUAUCUUUGUGACACAAACCACACUGCAUAGAAAAACAGAAGACGAGGACAAUGUGUUCCAUCUGGUGAGUGCUGUGAGUGAGUGGAUCGUGGCCUUCAGCUUCAUCUUGUUCUUCUUCACCUACAUCCACGACUUUAAAAAGUUUACUCUGAAGCUGAGAACACAGUUUGUGGACUAUUCCUGAUGAAGCAUUGAUUUGAACCUUUUAAUCUGAAUAUUUACAAAAUAAAGUGUAUUUUUUUUCCUACUUUU